UUUAGCGAACCCAAUUUCACACUGAAUUUUCCUCCAUCGUAUCUUCUCCGCCUGCCUUCUUUGCGGUGACCCCUUUCUUUCCCUUUCUUCAGGGGUCGCCUUUCGCUCAAACAAUUCAAUCCAAAAAAACACACAUUUUGAUUUCUCUUCACUCUCCACUGAUCAUUCAAAACCCACAAACACAGACACAGAUUAAUCAAUCAAGUUAAUCAGUCUCAACCAUGUCGGAAAUGGCCAAUACGGAUCCGGAGGGGAUCGACGGAGUACGGAUGACCUGGAACGUGUGGCCCAGGACCAAGGUUGAAGCAAGCAAGUGCGUGAUCCCUUUGGCGGCGACAAUUGCUCCGAUCCGGCCUCACCCGGACAUACCUACCCUCCCCUACGCCCCUCUGCGAUGCAAGACCUGCGCCGCCGCCCUCAAUUCCUUCGCCCGUGUCGACUUCACUGCGAAGAUCUGGAUCUGCCCCUUUUGCUUCCAGCGUAACCACUUCCCUCAACAAUACUCCUUGAUCUCCGAGACGAAUCUCCCCGGCGAGCUCUAUCCGCAGUACACCACCGUCCAGUACACCCUCCCACAGCCGUCCCAACAGCAUUAUCAACAACAACAGCCACCCCCAUCGGACUCGUCUCCGGUGUUUGUUUUUGUCCUGGACACAUGUAUGAUCGAGGAAGAGCUGGAGUUUGUCAAGUCCGCGCUCAAGCGGGCCAUUGGGAUGCUACCAGAUAACGCCCUGGUGGGUUUGGUCUCGUUUGGGACUCAGGCUCAGGUUCACGAAUUGGGAUUCUCGGAAUUGUCCAAGGUUUAUGUCUUCAGAGGUGAAAAGGAGAUCUCCAAGGAGCUGGUUUUGGAGCAACUAGGGCUGGGCGGGGCUGUAGCUGGUCGGAGAACAGCAGCCGUUCCUGUUGGGUAUCAGAAAGGAGGGAUUCAAAACGGGUUUCCAAAUGGCGGCAUUGCACGUUUCCUUUUGCCAGCAUCUGAGUGUGAAUACACCAUCAAUACGCUUUUGGAUGAGUUGCAAACAGACCAGUGGCCUGUUUCUCCUGGUAGUAGGGCCUCAAGGUGCACAGGAGUUGCAUUGAGUGUCGCAGCAGGAUUGCUUGGAGCUUGUUUACCUGGGACAGGGGCUCGCAUAGUAGCUUUGGUAGGAGGUCCAUGCACGGAAGGGCCAGGCACGAUUGUUUCAAAAGAUUUGUCAGACCCAGUGCGUUCCCAUAAAGAUCUCGAUAAGGAUGCAGCACCAUAUUUUAAGAAAGCGGUCAAAUUCUAUGACAAUCUCACAAAGCAGCUGGUCAACCAGGGUUACGUCUUAGACCUUUUUGCAUCUGCACUUGAUCAGGUUGGAGUUGCAGAAAUGAAAGUAGCCGUUGAAAGAACUGGUGGUCUUGUGGUUCUGGCAGAAAGCUUUGGACAUCGAGUAUUUAAAGAUUCUUUCAAGCGCGUUUUUGAAGAUGGUGAACAGUCUCUUGGUCUUUGUUUCAAUGGCACACUUGAGAUCAACUGCUCAAAGGACAUCAAAAUUCAGGGGAUUAUUGGACCCUGCACUUCUUUAGAAAAGAAAGGACCUAAUGUUGCUGAUUCGCUUCUAGGGGAAGGAAAUACUACGGCUUGGAAAAUGUGUGGCCUCGACAAAAGCACUUGCUUGACUGUUUUAUUUGACCUUUCAUCAAGUGAGCCGUCAAAUACCUCAGGAACAGCAAAUUUACAGUUAUACAUACAGUUUGUUACAAGCUAUCAAAGCCCUGAUGGUCAGAUGAUGCUUCGAGUUACAACAGUUACUAGAAGUUGGAUAGAUAGUGCCGUAAGCUCAGAGGAAUUGGUUCAGGGUUUUGAUCAGGAAACAGCUGCUGUGGUUAUGGCUAGAAUAGUGUCCUUUAAAAUGGAGACAGAGGAAGGCUUUGAUGCCACUCGAUGGCUGGACCGAAACUUAAUUCGUCUCUGUUCAAAAUUUGGUGACUACCGAAAAGAUGAUCCAUCGUCCUUCACAUUAAACCCUUGUUUUUCAUUGUUUCCUCAGUUUAUGUUUAAUCUUCGACGGUCGCAAUUUGUACAGGUUUUUAAUAAUAGUCCAGACGAGACUGCUUACUUCCGCAUGUUGUUAAAUAGGGAAAAUAUCACGAAUGCUGCUGUCAUGAUACAACCAUCAUUGAUAUCAUAUUCGUUCAGUUCGCUUCCCCAACCAGCACUGUUGGAUGUUGCUUCUAUUGCAGCUGACCGUAUUCUCUUAUUAGAUUCAUAUUUCAGUGUUGUCAUUUUCCAUGGUAUGACAAUAGCACAGUGGCGUAACAUGGGUUACCAGAACCAGCCGGAGCAUCAGGCAUUUGCGCAGUUGUUGGAAGCUCCACAGGAUGAUGCAAAAAUGAUAAUUCAUGAUCGUUUCCCUGUUCCUAGAUUGGUGGUAUGUGAUCAGCAUGGAUCCCAGGCAAGAUUCUUACUGGCAAAGCUGAACCCUUCAGCAACAUAUAAUAAUGCCACUGAGAUGGCUGCUGGAACAGACGUGAUCUUUACCGAUGAUGUUAGCCUUCAAGUGUUCUUUGAGCAUCUUCAAAGGCUGACCGUUCAAUCAUGAUAGUAGAGGAGUUUAAGUUUCUCAUAGAUUUUCAGAUGUAGGGAAGUCUGCGGCCUGAUUUUAUCCCCUCUUUAACAUAUUGUUCUGUGGGGAUCUUUUUCUUUUUCUUUUUCCUUUCUAUUGUCUUGAAAUUGACAGGGUUGGACCACAAGAGUUUGAAAAUAACAGAUAGACAUAAAUAUAUCAUUUUUUGGGAGGUGGUUGGGUUAUUUCAGUUGAGUUGCUGGGAUUGAAAGUUACAAUGGCAAUGCAAGGUAUAGAAAUCACUGUUUGAGUUUUGGUUGCGGGGCCAAUGAGGAAGAUGCUUGGACAGAUUUUCUUCCCCCAUUUUUUUUUCACUCUCCAUGUAUCUGGUUAGGUGGGAAGUUUGUAUUUUUUUUUUUUAAGUUAAAAAUAUCAAAUGUAAUGAUUGUAGGUUGGAUAAACAUCUAUGUUCUCCGUCU